AUGCGUUUUCGAAAACAUAUUUUCCCUCGAGUUUCCGAUUCUUACUUGCCUCCAGACCAUCCUUUAAACCCUGCUGCUGCUGCAGCAGCAGCAGCAGCAGCAGCAGCAGCAGCAGCAGCAGCAGCGGCGGAGGCGGACACGGCGGGCGCCGGCGACGCCGCCUUCCUCGCGGCCGCGCCGCAGCCGCCCCCCGCGCCCACCCACCGCAGCAGCAGCAGCAGCAGCAGCAGCAGCAGCAGCAGCAGCAGGAGCAGCAGCAGCAGCAGCAGCAGCGUGAGGGGGCGGCGGCGGGGGGGUUUGCUGCAGCGGGGAGGCGGGAGUUUGGAAAGUGGAGAAGACUUGAGUUAUAUUUCUUUUCCGAAAAAAGGAGAAGGGAAAGUUUGGGUGGCGAGCAGCAGCAGCAUUGCUGCGGGGCGGAAGCAGCUGCUGCUGCUGCUGCGGCUGCUGCGGGGGCUGCUGCUGCAGGACGCGCUGGACUGGCUGCAGGCCCUCGCGCUGCAGCGCAGCAGCAGCAGCUUAAUAAACCUUCUCAACAAAUUCAAACUGCUGCUGCAGCAGCAAGGCGCAGACACCAGCAGAGUCUUCAUUGACUGCUGCCGCACGGGCCGCAAGGGACACGUCAAGACCCUCCAAGUGGGUCACAACUACCGGGUGUCUGUACUCAAGUCCUGGCGGUCUUGCGUGAGUGUGCGUUUGCGGGAAGUUCCAUUAAAUGAAUUAUUUCACAAAACUUUUAUUUUGAAAGAAAUCCCCAAAAGUUUGGCAGCAGCAAUGCGCCUCGUGCUGCAGCAGCAGCAGCUGCCGCAGGAAGCAGCAAGGGACUGGCUGCCUUACUUGGACGCAGCCACCAGGGCGCAGCACAAACGGAGAUUAAAAGUUUUGAAUCGGCAGCAUUUGUUCAACUACUACUUGGCGCGGCGCGCGUUCGUGUGUACGUACACCUCAAGAACGCGGCGCAUGCACGAAGAAGCCGCGGCUUCCCGCGGGGUGUCUUUGGCGGCAGUGCAGCAGAAAAUGGGGGAAAAGGGCCAAAUAAAAGGCAUAGAUUUGCCGGAAUUUUAA